CAGCCUUGAAGAGCGCAGAUGAGCGGUGGGAAAACCGGUUUGGGAAACUAACAGAGGAACAUGGAAACUUCAUCAGUUCAUCAACAUGCUUUACACCUGCCUAAUUCUCUCAGCUGUAGUACUUCAAAGCUCCUGUUAUCAGUUCCAGAAUGAUGGCCUGCACAGAGAAGUACGACAACUGAACCUUGGUGGAUUAUUCAACCAGCCUGUAAAUCAGCAAAAUAGCAGAGGCCCAUCUUGCCAAGGGCCUGGCAGACAGGGAGGAAGAUGUGUGCCAAUUGACCAAUGUGUGUUAAAAGAGCUCAAUGAUGAUUAUGUUAAAAACAAGGGAUAUUUGUGCGCACUCAGACCAGAAGGGCCUGUAGGUGUUUGCUGUCCUAAUUCUAUCAAAAAGCCUGUUGUUUAUCAAGAAGGAAUGUUUGGAAACAAGACCACAGUUAAACAAACUGGGGGAAAAAACAAUACAAGAAAUGCAACUCCUGAAGACGUUGAACUUAUCUGAUUUAUUUAUAAAGUAGUAAAAUAAUGACAUAUUUUCAACAUUGUAUUACCUCAUAACUAGACAAAGGACCCUUAGGUUAAGCUAACUCAUUUCUGUACUUAAUGAGUAUGUGAAUAAAGAUUUUUUGACUAUGA